AAAAGAAAAAGAGGUUUUACAACCAGAUAUUUACUUUAAAGCAACGGAUACAAUUAUACAAAAAACGUCUGACAGUGGCAAUGUUGUUUUAAAACCAAAACAAUUAAUUCUCCAAAAUUGUAAUUUUCAUGUUUAGUUUAGGGGUGUUUAUCAAUUUUAAAACAAUUUACAGUGAAAUACGAACGAUGAUAACAUUUUCAUUUUUCCAAAUCUUAGGUUAUUCAUAUCUGAAAGACACAAUAGGGGAAUCAGACGCAAUCCAUCUUUCAGUUUGGAAUGGAGUAUUGUUACCAGGAAACACAGAAAACAAUUAGAUUCCUCAUUAUGCGGAGUUUUUACGUUGAAGUUGCAGAAAAUGUUCUUACAGAUAAUGACUUUAUGUUUGACUCAUCAAAAAGGGCUAUAAGAGCAUCAAGACACAUCAUUGGACAAGUUCUUGUUGAUAGCAGUGUUAAAGGAUUAUCACAACAACAGCAACCCAAGGCUAUGCCCCCAAGACCUAAACUCAGGAAACCGAAAUUAAAGGAAAAGGGCAUUGAAACAGCUUCAUCAUCAUGCACACAGGACAUCCAUUGGCUAUUUAUAUCGGUGUCAGCAAAGACAUGUUUACAGUGUCAAAGUCUGACUAGUGCCAUGUGUGAUGAUUUUGACACAAUGCCAAUGACUAUCACCAGAGGAUUCUCUUCAUGGUUUGAUGUCCACGUCAAACACAAACUGAAAGAGGUCAUAGAAAUGACUGAACUUCAAGGAAGUGCUAGCUAUUACAGUGCACAUUGGAGGCAUAUACGGUGGAUUACCGGUACUUCAUUAGCAAAGCAUAUGGAAAUGAGGGAAGACACAGCUGGGAUAUGCGAAAGACAGAACAUAUUUGGAAAUACUGCAGGCAAAGAGGUGUAUGCCUUGGUACUCGCCGAGUUUUCGGAAUGGAAAAUUAAAUCAAUACAGCGAUUGGGAUUUACACAUAGACACUAUUUGACAGUCAAAGACAGUAUCAAUAAUUCCAAGCUACAGGCAACACCAGACAAAAUGUAA